GCGGCGCGGCGGGCGGCGCUGAGUCAGAGAGGCGGCGGCAUGCGGGCGGCGGCGGCGCUGGUGUCCGCGCUGUGCUGCGCCCUGGCGCGGGGCUCCGAGGACAUCGUUGUGGGCUGCGGUGGCUUCGUCAAGUCUGACGUGGAGAUCAACUACUCCCUGAUCGAGGUGAAGUUGUACACCAAGCACGGCACCCUGAAGUACCAGACGGACUGUGCCCCCAACAACGGGUACUUCAUGAUUCCCCUCUACGACAAGGGGGAUUUCAUUCUUAAAAUUGAACCUCCCCUAGGGUGGAGUUUUGAACCAACCAGUGUAGACAUCCAUGUGGAUGGCAUUAAUGACAUUUGCACAAAGGGAGGUGAUAUUAACUUUGUGUUCACAGGGUUUUCUGUGAAUGGAAAGGUUCUCAGCAAAGGUCAGACAUUAGGUCCUGCUGGAGUCCAGGUUGUACUGAGAAAUGCUGGCAGUGAAGUAAACUUACAAGCAACUGUUACACAACCUGGAGGAAAGUUUGCUUUCUUUAAAGUGCUUCCUGGUGAAUAUGAAAUCUUUGCAUCUCAUCCUACCUGGAUGUUGAAAGAGUCAAACACAGUGGUACGGGUGACAAGUUCUAAUGCUUACGCUGCUAGCCCUCUGAUUGUUGCAGGCUACAAUGUUUCUGGGUCAGUGAGGAGUGAUGGAGAACCAAUGAAAGGGGUCAUGUUUCUCCUUUUCUCUUCUUCGGUCACUAAAGAGGAUGUUGUGGGCUGCAAUAUUUCUCCUGUGGAUGGAUUCCAGUCAAGAGAUGAGUCUCUCUCCUAUUUAUGCAAUGUUGUAUCAAAAGAAGACGGAUCUUUCAGCUUUCUUUCUCUGCCAAGUGGGAUAUACACUGUGAUACCAUUCUACAGGGGAGAGAGAAUUACCUUUGAUGUUGCACCAUCUAGACUGGACUUCCUUGUAGAGCAUGACAGUUUACAGAUUGAGCCUGUUUUCCAUGUGAUGGGUUUCUCUGUCACAGGCAGGGUGUUGAACGGUCCUGAAGGAGAAGGAGUUGCUGAUGCCACUGUGACGCUGAACAAUCAGAUUAAAGUAAAAACAAAAGCUGAUGGCUCUUUCCGCCUUGAGAACAUAACAACAGGUACAUACACAAUUCAUGCCAGGAAAGAGCAUCUGUUCUUUGAUACUAUUACCGUGAAGAUUGCACCAAAUACACCUCAGCUAGCAAACAUCAUUGCAACAGGGUUCAGUGUGUGCGGCCAGAUCUCAGUAACUCGUUUCCCUGACACAGUCAAACAGAUUAGUAAAUACAAGGUAACCAUGAUGCCUCAGGACAAGGACAAAGCAUCACUGGUUACAACAGAAACUGACCCUCAUGGAGCAUUUUGUUUUAAGGCAAAAUCGGGUACAUACAAUGUUCAGGUAAUUAUUCCAGAGGCUGAGACCAGAGCAGGAUUGGCUUUGAAACCCAAAAUGUUCCCUGUUACUGUUACAGACAGACCAGUAAUGGAUGUGACCUUCUCUCAGUUUUUGGCAUCUGUCUCGGGGAAGAUCUCUUGUUUAGAUGUUUGUGGUGAUCUGGUGGUGACGUUACAGUCUGUGAGCCGCCAGGGUGAAAAACGCAACCUGCAGCUUUCUGGAAGCAUGGACUCAGUGGCCUUCACGUUUGAAAACGUGCUACCUGGCAAAUACAAAGUAAGCAUCGUACAUGAAGACUGGUGCUGGAAGAAUAAGUCUUUGGAGUUGGAAGUCAUGGAGGAAGAUGUUUCGGGAGUAGAAUUCAGGCAGACUGGAUAUAUGCUGCGCUGUUCUCUUUCUCAUGCAAUUACACUGGAAUUUUAUCAGGAUGGAAAUGGACCAGAGAAUGUUGGUGUUUAUAACCUGUCCAAAGGAGUUAAUAGAUUCUGUCUUUCAAAGCCAGGUGUAUAUGAAGUGACCCCACGUUCUUGCCACCAGUUUGAACAUGAGUAUUACACUUAUGACACGUCCUCUCCUAGUAUACUGACGCUCACCGCAGUUCGACACCAUGUCCUUGGCACGAUUAUAACAGAUAAACUGAUGGAUGUGACUAUUACCAUUAAGUCAUCCAUUGACAGUGAACCUGCCUUAGUUUUAGGGCCCCUGAAAUCGGUACAGGAGUUACGCAGGGAGCAGCAGCUGGCAGAAAUUGAGACCCGCCGACAGGAGAGAGAAAAGAAGGGUCAGGAGGAGGAAGGAACAAAGCCUCCAGUGCAAGAAAUGGUGGAGGAGCUCCAAGGACCAUUCCUAUAUGAAUUUUCAUACUGGGCAAGAUCUGGAGAGAAAAUUACUGUGACACCAUCAUCAAAAGAGCUGCUUUUCUACCCGCCUUAUGUGGAAACAGUUGUUAGUGGAGAGAGUUGUCCUGGAAAGCUGAUAGAGAUUCAUGGAAAAGCAGGCUUGUUUCUGGAAGGGCGAAUUCAUCCUGAAUUGGAAGGUGUUGAGAUUGUCAUUGGUGAAAAGGGAGCAACUUCCCCGCUCAUCACAGUUUUCACUGAUGACAAAGGGGCUUACAGUGUUGGGCCACUCCACAGUGACUUGGAAUACACAGUUACUGCUCAGAAAGAAGGAUUUGUUUUGACUGCAGUGGAAGGAACAAUUGGGGACUUCAAAGCUUUUGCUCUUGCUGGGGUGACGUUUGAGAUCAAAUCAGAGGAUGACCAGGCUCUUGCUGGAGUUCUCCUGUCUCUCAGUGGAGGGGUAUUUCGGUCCAACCUCCUUACGCAGGAUAAUGGCAUGCUGACUUUUUCCAAUCUGAGCCCAGGGCAGUAUUAUUUUAAACCUAUGAUGAAAGAGUUUCGCUUUGAACCAUCAUCACAGAUGAUUGAAGUGCAGGAAGGACAAAAUCUUAAAAUUCGGAUAACUGGUUACAGAACAGCUUACAGCUGUUACGGCACAGUUUCUUCUUUAAAUGGAGAGCCUGAGCAGGGAGUCUCCGUAGAAGCUGUGGGGCAGAAGGACUGUAGCAUCUAUGGAGAAGACACAAUAACUGAUGAAGAGGGCAAGUUCAGGCUACGUGGCCUUCUGCCUGGUUGUGUGUAUCAUGUCCAACUUAAAGCUGAAGGCAAUGAUCACAUUGAAAGAGCUUUACCACAGCAUCGGGCAAUUGAGGUUGGGAACAGUGACAUUGAAGAUGUUAACAUUAUAGCGUUCCGGCAGAUUAACCAAUUUGAUUUAAGUGGAAAUGUAAUUACAUCUUCUGAAUAUCUCUCCACAUUAUGUGUGAAGCUCUAUAAAAGUGAAAAUCUUGACAACCCAAUUCAUACAGUCAACUUGGGCCUAUCCCUGUUUUUCCAUUUCCCACCACUGCUCCGAGAUGGAGAGAAUUACGUGGUGCUCCUGGAUUCUACGUUGUCUAAAUCACAGUAUGACUACACUCUGCCUCAAGUUUUGUUCACUGCUAUUGGAUAUCAUAAACACAUUACUCUGGUCUUCAGUCCCACUAGAAAGCUGCCUGAACAAGAUAUUGCCCAAGGAUCUUACAUUGCAUUACCACUGACGCUGCUUCUGUUGUUGGCUGGUUACAACCAUGAUAAGCUUAUUCCCUUAUUGCUACAGCUGACAACUCGACUGCAAGGAGUACGUGCUCUUGGACAGACAGGUUCUGACACAGGUGGCUCAGAAGAUGCAAAGAGACAAACAAAAAAACAGAAGACAAGACGGACAUGAGUGGAACAGGUCAUGCUGUCUUCGUGAAUGAUUUGUAAAAGCAGUGGUAAUAAACUGCUUGACUUCACUUUUGGUCUCUAGAUUUUGGGAUCCUUAUUCCUUACCUUUUGAAAUACCUAUCUCAUGGAAGCAGCACAUAUGGAUUUUACUAUAACAGUAGUGCUUGAAGGAAAGUUUUGGGGGACAUACUUGAACUGGUGAAUUAUAUCUUUGGCACUUCCAGUUCAGCAGUUUGAUGGAAGAGUCUGUCAUCUGCACAGCUAUGACUUCAGUUUUUAUCCAAUGAUUAUGUUACCUUUGAUUAAAAUCGAGUUUUUGCCCAAUGGAGAUAAAUUGUUAAUGUCAGGUAACGCUGGUUUUUAAUGUCAGGUAAGUUCUGAUGAUCCUACUGCAAAGGUGGUGUUUAAAUUUCAGUUUCAUAUACAAUAUGAUCUCCUUAGACCUCCGGUAUUCCUGAAGCGACUCCAGCUGGUUGUACUGUUCUUUACAAAGCUGUACUGCGGUGACAGUGAUACCCGUUCAGCUGAGUGGCUGUCACAUCUCUUGCUCAGGCCACGUGUAGCCUUUUUGCUGACUGAUGAUUGAUUUUGUUUGUUUGUUUUAACUUUAAGAAAUGUGAGCUUUUUGAAAUCUCCAAUGUGUACAGUCCCAAUAAUGUAGUCUGCAAUAAAUAACUGGGUUUUACAGGGUAUCUUUUGAUUCUUGUUUGAAGUAGACAUACACAGUUUAAAUGUUAAUGGGGCUUUUUAUUGACAAAUAGUAUAAAGGUUAAUAGAGCUUUUGAAAGAUGCACAUAAAUGCCUACAAAUAUUGCAAAGACGUUGGUACAGCCAGUAAGUGGCAAUGUUUCUCUUUUACAGUACUUGAAAUAAAGUCCCUUUACAUUUAAAUAUUUAAACUUACAAAACCUACCAUUCUUAGAAAUUUGGAUGCAAAAGAUUUUAUGCUGGUUUUGUUGGUAUUUUGCAUUAGUUUGGGUCUAAAUAAUUAAAACUUCAUUCAGUGAUCGUUCUAAUCUCUCUGAGGGAAAUUCUAUCAAGAUCAUACUAAAAACAAAGAAUGUUGAAAAAGCAUGUAUAUAUAGAGUUUGAGAUGAAGCUCUAAUAAAUUAUCAUGCUCUUUACUUAAUGAUCUUGAAUUUUAUAUUGCUGUGAUGAAAUAUAUGGAGAAAAAACCAAUGUGUUGUAAGACCUACGAUAAAUUGUACAUUUUCAGUACAUCUUUAUUUUAAGCUGGUGAAUGUUAAGAAAGGUAUUGCUACUUUGGGGGAAUGUAUUGGGAAAAAAUGCACAUGUCCAUGUGCCUUGAGGGAGUACCAGAUAUUCCGACCUCUGGACUGUGGAACGGAUGUUUAACGUUGGAAAUGCUGGUAAUAAAAAGAAAAAGGUUUUAAUGCUUGCUUCUAAA